AUGGAGACAACUCGAAUGUUCGAGUACCUCAGCGAGACGGCUGAUACCGUCCAGUGUCGAUAUCCGACUGCUAAACUGGUUUUCUUGGGGGACUUUAAUGCUCACCACAAGGAUUGGUUGUUCCCAUACCAAAAUACCGACCACGCCGGGAGAGAGACGCUGAAAUUUGCGCUGGCGUUUGACCUCUCUCAGCUAGUCCACGAAGCAACUCGGAUACCUGACGUUGACGGUCAUUCUCCUAACUGUCUUGACCUUCUGUUGACCACCGACCCAGACCGGUUUUCAGUAUCAGUUACGGCCCCUUUGGGUACUUCUGAUCACUGUGUAGUUAAGUCGGUAUCGAAUUAUCAUCCUCUGGACUCUGGUUCCUCCGGAACCAGGCGAGUGUGGCGAUACAAGUCAGCAGACUGGGAUGAAAUGCGACACUUUUUUGCAUGUUAUCCCUGGCGACAAACUUGCUUCUCUUCUGAUGAUCCGUCGAACUGCGAGAAAGCCAUAUCGGAAGUGAUACGUCAAGCAAUGGAGUUUUUUAUACCUUACGCUGACGUAUCGCUAGAUAGCAAGAUUCCACGCUGGUACAAUGCAGAAUGCGCCCAAGCUGAAGCUCGUAAGAACAUGGCUUUUGCUGCAUGGGCUGACGCGCGUGCCCAAAAAGCUCCGGACAUCAGUACGAAAAAGCGAGCCUUUAAUUAUGCCGCCAAGUCCUACAAGAAGGUUCUUAGGAAGGCUCGUUUCAACCGCACUAAUCGAAUUGGGGCCAAAUUAGCGUCAUAUCCGCGUGGAAGUAAAGCCUUUUGGUCUCUUUCGAAGUCGGUGGAAACGAACUUCUGCCGUCCUUCGCUGCCACCUCUGCUAAAACCGGAUGGGGCGCUGGCUUUUACUGCAACAGAAAAAGCUAACAUCUUAGCGACUCUGUUUGCUGAAAAUUCACGUCUCGAUUCUGGAAGCGCCUCUCCACCUACCCUUUCACCCUGCGACUCCGUCAUGGCAGAGAUAAAGAUUCGCCAAGGUGAGGUUUUAAAAGUGCUGCGCAAUCUAGACGUGAAUAAGGCCAGCGGCCCAGACGGGAUACCAGCAAUAGUGCUCAGAACCUGUGCUGCCGAGCUGUCUCCAGUACUAACACGUUUGUUUCGCCUCUCGUUCAAAAAUGCCCGAAUCCCGAAAGCUUGGAAGGUUGCCAACGUACAACCGGUACCUAAGAAGGGUAGUCGUGCAGACCCGGCCAACUACAGGCCUAUUGCAAUCACCUCCGUACUUUGCAAAAGUAUGGAGCGUGUAUUGAACCACCGGCUCCUGGCAUACCUCGAGAAAAAUGACCUUCUGUCGGAUCAACAGUACGGCUUUCGUCGUAAUAGAUCGACGGGGGAUCUUUUAGUGUAUGCCACUCACAUCUGGGGCGAGGCCAUUGACAAACAUGGUGAAGCGCUAGCCGUUUCCCUUGACGUGUCAAAGGCUUUUGACCGGGUCUGGCAUGAAGGCCUUUUAAAUAGGUUACCUAGCUACGGGAUACCCACUAGUCUCAUCAACUGGAUAUCUGAUUUCCUGAGUGGUCGAUCUUUUCGAGUUGUCUUAGAUGGCUCCUCGUCAGAUCAAAUGGCAAUCAAUGCCGGUGUCCCUCAGGGGUCUGUUCUCUCCGCUACACUUUUUCUGCUUCACAUUAAUGAUCUGUUGAAACCCGGUAUCUUUGGGUACGCAGAUGAUAGCACUGUAACGGAGAGAUAUAUGCCCGGUCCCCGUGCUAGUGGUGCUGAAAUUUUAGGACACAGAGAGGCUUUGGUGGAACGCAUUAAUCUGACCUUAAAUGAGGUGUCUGAUUGGGGAGACGCCAAUUUGGUCAAAUUUAAUGCUACCAAAACGCAAGCGUGUUUAUUUACUACCGGUGAUAUGGAGACAACUCGAAUGUUCGAGUACCUCAGCGAGACGGCUGAUACCGUCCAGUGUCGAUAUCCGACUGCUAAACUGGUUUUCUUGGGGGACUUUAAUGCUCACCACAAGGAUUGGUUGUUCCCAUACCAAAAUACCGACCACGCCGGGAGAGAGACGCUGAAAUUUGCGCUGGCGUUUGACCUCUCUCAGCUAGUCCACGAAGCAACUCGGAUACCUGACGUUGACGGUCAUUCUCCUAACUGUCUUGACCUUCUGUUGACCACCGACCCAGACCGGUUUUCAGUAUCAGUUACGGCCCCUUUGGGUACUUCUGAUCACUGUGUAGUUAAGUCGGUAUCGAAUUAUCAUCCUCUGGACUCUGGUUCCUCCGGAACCAGGCGAGUGUGGCGAUACAAGUCAGCAGACUGGGAUGAAAUGCGACACUUUUUUGCAUGUUAUCCCUGGCGACAAACUUGCUUCUCUUCUGAUGAUCCGUCGAACUGCGAGAAAGCCAUAUCGGAAGUGAUACGUCAAGCAAUGGAGUUUUUUAUACCUUACGCUGACGUAUCGCUAGAUAGCAAGAUUCCACGCUGGUACAAUGCAGAAUGCGCCCAAGCUGAAGCUCGUAAGAACAUGGCUUUUGCUGCAUGGGCUGACGCGCGUGCCCAAAAAGCUCCGGACAUCAGUACGAAAAAGCGAGCCUUUAAUUAUGCCGCCAAGUCCUACAAGAAGGUUCUUAGGAAGGCUCGUUUCAACCGCACUAAUCGAAUUGGGGCCAAAUUAGCGUCAUAUCCGCGUGGAAGUAAAGCCUUUUGGUCUCUUUCGAAGUCGGUGGAAACGAACUUCUGCCGUCCUUCGCUGCCACCUCUGCUAAAACCGGAUGGGGCGCUGGCUUUUACUGCAACAGAAAAAGCUAACAUCUUAGCGACUCUGUUUGCUGAAAAUUCACGUCUCGAUUCUGGAAGCGCCUCUCCACCUACCCUUUCACCCUGCGACUCCGUCAUGGCAGAGAUAAAGAUUCGCCAAGGUGAGGUUUUAAAAGUGCUGCGCAAUCUAGACGUGAAUAAGGCCAGCGGCCCAGACGGGAUACCAGCAAUAGUGCUCAGAACCUGUGCUGCCGAGCUGUCUCCAGUACUAACACGUUUGUUUCGCCUCUCGUUCAAAAAUGCCCGAAUCCCGAAAGCUUGGAAGGUUGCCAACGUACAACCGGUACCUAAGAAGGGUAGUCGUGCAGACCCGGCCAACUACAGGCCUAUUGCAAUCACCUCCGUACUUUGCAAAAGUAUGGAGCGUGUAUUGAACCACCGGCUCCUGGCAUACCUCGAGAAAAAUGACCUUCUGUCGGAUCAACAGUACGGCUUUCGUCGUAAUAGAUCGACGGGGGAUCUUUUAGUGUAUGCCACUCACAUCUGGGGCGAGGCCAUUGACAAACAUGGUGAAGCGCUAGCCGUUUCCCUUGACGUGUCAAAGGCUUUUGACCGGGUCUGGCAUGAAGGCCUUUUAAAUAGGUUACCUAGCUACGGGAUACCCACUAGUCUCAUCAACUGGAUAUCUGAUUUCCUGAGUGGUCGAUCUUUUCGAGUUGUCUUAGAUGGCUCCUCGUCAGAUCAAAUGGCAAUCAAUGCCGGUGUCCCUCAGGGGUCUGUUCUCUCCGCUACACUUUUUCUGCUUCACAUUAAUGAUCUGUUGAAACCCGGUAUCUUUGGGUACGCAGAUGAUAGCACUGUAACGGAGAGAUAUAUGCCCGGUCCCCGUGCUAGUGGUGCUGAAAUUUUAGGACACAGAGAGGCUUUGGUGGAACGCAUUAAUCUGACCUUAAAUGAGGUGUCUGAUUGGGGAGACGCCAAUUUGGUCAAAUUUAAUGCUACCAAAACGCAAGCGUGUUUAUUUACUACUAUUAUUGUGCCGUGA